AACUCAGAUUUUUCUGUAUCUUUGCAAAAUUAUAUGGAUUUUUUUUCCAUAUAUAGCUACCCUUUUAACUUUACUAUAAAUUUUGAUCAAUAUUUGAUGUUGAAAAACAAAAAAAUGGCUAAUAUUAGAUCAUCAAAAAAGAUGAAUGAGAAAAAAAAAAUCCCACAAAGAGGACUUGGUGUUGCUCAACUUGAGAGGAUUAGAUUAGAGGAACAACAUAAAAAAGAUUCAAUUUUUCGAACAAUUCAAUGCCCAAAAUCUAUACCAACAUCAUCAAGAAUUGAUUUUUCUUCGAAAGAUUGCGUCUUUACGCCAAAUCAAUCAACCCCUUUUCUUGAAAAUUCCUCUAAAUUGUGGAAUGGUGAGUAUAGUCAAAAAAUUGAUCAUCAUGGUUUAGUUUUUGGGCAUAAUUUGAAUCUUGCUAGUGUCCUGCAACAAAGAUGUCAACAGUAUCAGAAAACUUCUACUUCUACAUCAAUUGUGAAUAUCUCAUCAUCAUCAUCAUCUGCACAAAGUUUUCAGAUGGAGCCCCCUUCAAACCAAAGUUAUUAUGGCUGUAAAUGUUUACAUCAUUUGCCUGAAGAAGUUAAGAUGGCGAGUGUGAAGAGGCCUUAUCCGUUCUCUCAAGAAUACUCGCAUGUCCCUUCGUUUCAAUGCAAAAAGUGCUGUGUUUCCCCUGUAUCCAGAUCACACGAAUCUGCCUCCAGCAGAAACGAGUGCUCAAUUAAUGUAGAAGAGGGAAAUGUGCUUAAAAGAGAAGUUGUGUCAAAGUCGAGAGCUUUGUCAGAGUCCGAACCAUCGAUUUCACUGAGAGAAAGUAAAGCUCUCAAUGGAGAUUUUCUCAGAUUAGCUCCUCCAGCAGCAGCAUUGCCACAUUUAGGAGAAGUAAAUCGGUGUUCUUUAACUGAUUCCGCCCCACAAUGCCUUCAGCUAUUCGACUAUGUUCCCUCUCGGGUUGCAGCUGCAGAGCAUACCCCGGCUUCAGGACUAAGUAUAUCAGUUCAACAACCCAUCCUCGGAUUCUUCCCAUCUGCGAAGGCACAGAUAGGUCGAGAAGGAACACGUGGAAGUGACUUUCAUACUGAAGUUGGAGGAAAUGUUGAUUUAGAACUGAAGCUAUAG